AUGAUACGGACCUGGUUCCGCAGUGUCGGGUUUCUUGCCAAGCUGCUGCGCAUGGACGUGAGCUCGCUGCGAGCAGAGGCUUCUGCGCUGGUGGGCCCUGUAGGCGCCAGUGGGACCGAAGCGUCCGCUGAGCUGCGAAUGUCCUGGCUGCAGGAGGCGUUGGUGCCCCAUGCGAUGCACAAGGGGCUUAUUACGCAGGCGCUGCUUCAGCCAAAGCCGCUUCUGCAGCUGGGAGCACUGGUUCUGCUUUUAGCGGCCUUGGAGCGCCUGCAGCGCGCUCUCCGCAGCGCGGACUGCAUGCCAACGGAGCGGGAGGAUCUGCAAAAUCGGAUCCAAGCACGGCUGCCAGACCUAAACACGCUGCUGCUUCUGUGGCAGAAACUGUCCAAGGAUGGCGAGACUUCGCCUGGCCUAACUGAGACGCCAUUACGUGCGUUAGAAAUCGCGGACGCAGAAAACGAGGAGCAGACGGGUGGCGAAGCCGUUUCUGAGGCUCAGGUCUUGGAGGAAGACGUGGUGACACUGCUUGACUUGCCAGGUCCGUUGGCGAGCCAUACGAUUUUCACCACAUGGUGCAAGACCGCACAGAGGUAUGUUGAGGUUCUGCCGCAAAGCGCAGCAGAUGUCAAGUUUGAUUGGUCUAAACUCCUCUCGGCUGUUGCAUCGCCUGUGCUUUCUGGCCAAGGCCCGCCACUAUCUGCCGAGAGGCUUAGAGCCUGCGUCCAAUGCGUUGGCGCUGCCAUGCAGGCACGGUCUCUGUCGCUGCAGCUUUCGAAAUCGCAGCGAGCGUGGCUGGAGACCCUUCUGCGCCUUCGCUCUGCAUCGGAUGACGAGCUCUGCAGCGACUGCACAAAGCAGCUGGUUCGUUUCAUCGGAGACCGCAAAGUCUGCGGCCAAGAGCAGCAGGUUGAGCUGCAAAAGCUCCUUGCUGCUACCAAGAAAUGGCCGCAGAGUGUUGGAUUCUUCUGCCAGGCUCUGCAAUCUGUGCUGCUGCGGCCUGGGUUCUUCCUCUCAGAGAUCGAGGAGAAUGCAUAUGACUCCUUGCUGCUUCUCGCUCUAGUACGGCAGUUGGCACGGCGAGAACCGCAGGGCCUCGGCCUGCCAAGCAAUGCAGCAAUUGACGAGCGUCGGAAAAUGGCGAUGACCUGUGCGAAGAUGGCAAAGCAGUCCGUGGUGCAGAUUGCCAUGCAGCUCCCCGCUACUGCGCAGCCCCUGGCAGCCCUCGUUCGAGGUUCUGGGGAGUGGAUUGCUGGUACUGUUUUUUGGGGAGAAACUCAGCCCAAAGAGGAUGCAGCCGUUGCACCGCAAGGAGAUCCUGAGGGUGCCGAGGGCGUCCGGCAGAGCCUGUUGGAGAAGCUGGAAGGCAUUCAGAAAUCCCAGAAACGCAAACGCGAGGAGACAGAAGUGAACGGAGAGGGGCUUGGAGGCGAUGCCGCAGUGACUGCAGCGGAUGCCCUCCAGGAUACUGCUCUGCAACCCUUCUUGCGGCUGGAUGCGCAUCAGAGGUCACAGGUACUGCGCACCCUGGCAUCAAGAUCCGAUUCUGCGGCGGUUGCUGCGCUAAACAAGGUGCUGAGCUCUGACUCGGAGUCCCCCCUCCGUUUGGCCUUGAUGGAGCCAACACAGUUCACACCUCCUGACGUCAGCCUAACCUCUGGUGUGGCGGUGCUGCUUGAGCGGCUGUGUCACCUGAACCCGAAGCUCAGGGAGGCAGUGGCUUCCCAGCUAUCCUGGCGCACGGGAUCCCCGGCAACUAUACUGCGUUUGGCAGCCGCCUUGGCCCCGCUCGAAACAGUGGCCUGGCUGGAGGAGGCGCCGCCCUCGCCCUCAGAGCUGCUGCCGCUUCCCAAAGAGGAUCACUUGGUUGAACUGUUUGCGACUACACGGAUGCCUGUUCUCGAGAAGACGGUGUUGCAAGCUCUGGAUGCGAAGGAGAAACCGCACGCUGGUGCGACUCGGUCCCGGCGUCUGCAGCUGCGGCUGGAGCUACGCCGAGGAAACUCGACCGUCCUCGGUUCGGCUCUUGGGAAGUUCCUUGACGUCGUCGGGCCCAUGAAAGCCGCCGAUCACAAGCUAGUCACCGAAGCCCUCAAGUUCGACAAGCUUGUCUUCAGCUCCGCUGAGGAAGCACUCAAGCAGUAUGUCGAGGACGGAGUGGCAGGCUCUGCGGAGCAACGCCAGUCUGCGGCGACCCUGCUCGGUGUCCUCCAAGUCCAAGCAGGCGCACGACCCUGGCAAGUGACAGCAGCACGGCGGUUGAUCACCGAUGCAGGUGCGCAGGGCGAAGUGUUCGAGUGGAUGCUAGAGCAUGCAGUGUGCUGGUGGCCCGACCUUUUUGCCUCUCAACCGGAGAAGCUUCAGGACUUCGUGCAAUGUGUGCAGACCAGCUACGGCGCCUCGUGUUCCCGAGGUGAUCUCCUUCGGCGACAGCUGCUCGUGGCUUGGGCGGCCGAGGAUGCUUCCGUCUCCAUUCAGGUGCCCAGAGAGGCUUCUGAACAGGAGCCCUGGGCCUUCCGAGCCUGGGUGGGCAAGUUGGAGUCCUGGGUGCCUGUUUGGGGCUGGGACCUGGAUGCAAGGAGGCUCAGGACGACGACCGAAAGCUUCAGCUUCGAGCGCUCUUCCAUCGACCCUUUGCCUCGGCGCGGCGCCCACGUGGACGCCCGGCAGGAGAGGCCAAAGGAAACAGAGUCGGAGCCGUACGACAUUGCUUACCUCCUCCCCUUCUUUGCUGGCCAGCUGCGUGCGGCCUUCAUGCAGAGCGGAGACGCCGGAGCCUCCAAGGCCGCCUGGGGCCCGGCGCUGGGCGCCCUGAUGUGCGGAGGAGCGCUGGAGCUGCUUUUGCUGGGCCUCGCCUGCUGCGACACCCUCCUCCGUGCCUGCGCUUUUGAGGCCUUGUCCGUUGUCACGGCCAUGGCCCAAGCCUGGAACAUCAGCCUGGAAGAGGUGGAGAAGGCAUCGCGCGAGCGGCUGCCAUUCCGUGAGCUUCCAGAGCUGGCUCGCCUUCUCUGCUACGUGCGGGAUGCUGUUGGCCCUGAGAAGGAUGGCAUCCCAGGCCCCGUUCCACGCCUGAGUGCUUCCUUCCUGGCAGCCUGCGCGUUUGGGGCUCGGAAGAAUGAAGCGAGCAUUUGGGCUGCGAAGUCCGCGUCGCAAAUGUGGCUCAGCUCAAGCACGUGGAUGCACGCGGGAUCAGUAGGCGACAGGCAAGCUUGUCGUGAUCAAGCAGGCAAGAGGUGCGGGGACAGGUGA